AUGUCUCCAACACCAAGCAAAGACAAAGAUCUUUCUCAGGUUUUCUAUCUCUCUCGUCAAAACAACGAAAGAAAUUGAAAACAGAGAGAGAGAGAGAGAUAUAAAUGGCUCUUAAGACAUUGCAAGCUCUGAUCUUUCUUGGUGUAUUUGUCACCUCAUGUCUCGCUCAAGCUCCGGCUCCGGCUCCAGCACCCAUCACGCUUCUCCCGCCGGUAGAGUCUCCUUCUCCUGUUAUUACACCAACUGCGCAGCCACCGUCUCCAGUUGCUUCACCACCGGUUCCAGUUGCUUCACCACCGGUUCCAGUCAAUGAACCCACUCCGGUUCCAACAACUCCACCCACCGUCUCACCACCGACCAUAUCUCCCACAACACCCCCUAUGGCUUCUCCCCCGAAACCAGACGGUAUGGCUCCAGGCCCAUCAGGUCCAACACCAGCUCCUGCUCCAGGACCAGACGCACCGGAAGCUGACUCAGCAUUGACUAACAAAGCUUUCCUUGUGAGCACGGUCAUUGCAGGAGCCUUGUACGCCGUCGUAUUGGCUUAGAAACUGAGCUGCCUUGGGCACUACUCUAUCUCUAUCUCCCUCUCCUUUUGGUUUUUCUUAUUAUGAUUUUGUUUGAGAGAUCUCCUUGUCUGUGUUUUCAUUAAUUCAUACAUUUUCUCUUCGUAUUAUCUUCCUCUUUGUUGUUGUUUUCUUCCUUUGGAGUCUUCGUGAAAUUUGUAUUACUCUGAUUGGGCCAUGGGAUUAAACUGAGGGGCAAAGCUUCUGAUUGUAAUUUUCUUCAUUAACUUUUUAUUUUUUAAUAAAAUAUCUUGUUUAAUU